GGAGCUCCAAAGAUUCGUGUCAACUUGAUUCUUAGUGUCUGCGACGGCAGUAAACGACAUGCGGUUGAAUAAAGCGCGUUCGUCAACUGUGUGUAUGCGUUCAGUGCCGUUGCCGUUGCCGUUGUCGUUGUCGUUGCCGUUGGACUCGCAUUUUUCUAUGUAUUGUAUAUAAUCAACCAGACACGCUAGACGGCUGUUGCUCGUGUGUAUGAAAUACUUUUCUACUUCAUAUCAAUUCAUCUGUACACGAUCGAAUCGGUGAAAACAGUUUGUGUUUAAAACUGAGCAUGAACGGAUGUAUUUUCUGUCGUUGGAAAAUUGUCUGAGAAUUAAAAAAAUUCAACUUGAAUACAGUGAGUUUCUACUAAAACCCAUUUUGGUUAUUAUUGUUUUUUUUUUUGCAUUGGCAAAGCAAGUAUAAAUUUGGAAAAUUUCAAAGAGUAACAGAAAAAAGAACAGUUUUUCACUGAAACUUCUCAAAACAUUUACAACAAACAACAUUACCAAAAUUAUGUUUACAGUGAUCAAUCGCAAAAUGGAUUACCUAGCAAAGUACUGGAUAAGUUUGUAAAGAGAACUUGAAUGAAAUUGAGUGCAUACGAAAUCUGUAAUGCUUCAAAAAAAGAGAACGAUUUCGAAUUUCAUGUGAACCGAAUUUAUGGAAUGACAAAUAAAUAUUCUAAGAAUUUAUUGUGAGUGUGGUGAUGAAAAAUCAGCAGAAGUAUUCUUCCACAUAAUUUGAAAUCGAUUGCGCCAUUUUUCGGAGAAACAAUAAAAAGCGGGACUUUUACCCGUCUAAGUCUGGAUUAAACGCAGAUAAAAAAAAACAAGUGCGAUAAAUAUCAAAACAAAUUCAACAGACGUAUUAUGAAGCAUACUGCGAGAUUCGUAAGAAGAGAGGAAAAAAACAAGGCGCUAUGAAAAUAACCAAAUUCAACGACGACAACACGAUGAUGACACACAAAUUUCAAGUGUAAACACAACGCAUCAUUAUUGAAUGAAUUUAUCAGCCGAAGAAAGUACCAAAACGCGUUUAUGUCUCAUUCAGCUGUGAUCGUUUAUUACACAAACAUUGUUUUUACAUCGUACACAGUUACAUAGAUUCAAACUGACCGAACCAUACAAUAAAACAAACUACGUUUCGAAACACAGCAAAGGAGAAAUGUCAUAAUAAAAAAACUACGAAGCGAAAACGAAACAAUCAAUUAAGUACGGAAUGUGUUUAGUGAUUUCUUGUUUUAGCUUGUUUUGGCUCAAGUCGGCGUCCUGUUGACAGUUCAUAACAUUUCUUUGGCGCGUUGUUAUACGUAUAAUUUUGUUUUUAAAGACGCAUAGUCGUGCUUGUGUUUUGCUUUUGUUCCUCUAUCCCAUUUUAUAUAGACUAUUAAUUAUUGUUUUCAUCGUCGACGUUGUCGCAUUGAUUCCCAGUUUUAAGGUCAAGCGAAAAAAAAAUUACGCAAAAACAAUAAAGCACACGAUGAACAUUGUCAGUUUCGGUGUACGUGUUUGAGAAUCGAUAAGUGAAAGUCAAUUGCUCUGAUAGUGGUGUAUCAAAUGGAUUAUACAAAGACAACAGAACAAAAAGCCGAAACAAAAAGAAUCUUUGCCGGAAUAAUCGUGAAUAUAUCCAUGGAACAUUGACAGCGUCUUGAAUCUCUGUGUGAUGUAAAGAAGUGCGACGUACGUAAAAUUUCAUGAAUCAUAUAUGAUCGUAGUUUGAGACUGAUUCCCGCUUAUUCUUUCCUGUUCCAUCAGUUGUGCUGAAACGCAAGUGACAAAUAAACUUUUUCGGACUUUACUCAACGGAAACUUUCAAGUUGAAAUUAUUAUUGAUGCUGACGCUUUUUAUUUAUGUUUUAUAAAUUUUUGUUCAUGAACAGUGCACUUAGUUGACAAAGGAUAUUUUUUUACACAAAGCAACGAGAAUAAUUACGUGAACAAUUUGUAAAGCUUAUACGUUUCAAAACGGACAAGGAUUCGCUUUUGUUAUAGAAGUUGUGUUGUGUGUUUGUGACUAUAACAGUCGUACGCCGUUAUUCGAUUUACAUACAUAUGUGAAACAAUCAUCAAUGAAUAAGACGCAACAAAGAUAGAAGGAUCUGAAGCCCGUACAACACCUAGCUAAACCGAGUCUGGAUUCAUCGGAAUUCAACCGACAAGAUACAAUUUGUGACAUUGUGUGCCGAAUUAACUGCUUAUAUGAAACAGAGGAAAUGAUCCUUUGAUAUUAUACCCAAUAAACAGUAGGUUUUGUUUUACGAGAUUUACUUGUGGAAAGUGAAUCUCAAUUCAGUUCAUAUACUUUGAUCAAACGACGACUACCAGACUGUCCAAGAUGCCUAUCAACGGUCACGGUCAAAAUAUGCUAAGCGGAGGAACGAAUGGGAUGCUCAAUGUGUGCGUCAAUAAUGCCACAGGCGGCAAUAAUUCUGCCAAGACAAAUAACAGUAGUAAAAAUGGUCACCGAUCGUCACAUCAAACGCAUCCUCAUUUGAGCAAUGUGUCAACCUCAUCAUCACCAACGAGCUUCAUGCAUGACAGUCACUCAAAUGGUGCAAUUCACAUGAGUGGAGGUCCAAUGAGUCCAAAUAGUCAAGACGAAUAUUCUAGCAGUUAUGAUUUAAAUUCACACCUUAAACGAAAGGAACUAUUUACACAGCGAAAGCAACGCGAGUUUAUACCUGAUAACAAAAAAGAUGACAGCUACUGGGACCGUCGACGUCGCAACAAUGAAGCGGCAAAACGAUCUCGAGAAAAACGACGAUACAAUGAUAUGGUGUUGGAGCAGCGUGUUGUCGAAUUGACAAAAGAGAAUCACGUGCUGAAAGCCCAAUUGGAUGCGAUCAAGGAUAAAUAUAAUAUUUGCGGUGAGAAUUUGGUGAGUGUGGAACAAAUCAUGGCGACACUACCAACCACCGAACAAGUUCUGAGCAUUACAAAACGACCAAAAUUCAACACAAGCAGCGGAGCAUCACCAAGCGAUUUGUAUCCACAAUCGCCAGGUUCACCAAAUCAAACAUCAGUGAUUCAGCAAUCAUCAUCAGGUCCAGCUUCAGUUGAUUCGUCAUCGCCGCCAGCACCUUCAUCUGUGGCACCGACCACUAACGUACCGACAAUUGUUGCUCCAAUUGUAACACAGACACCUCAAAUUCAACCGUCUUCUGUAGUUGCGGCUGCUGCUUUUGCGCAUUUAAAUAAUACAUACUUGGAUGCAACGCCACAACGAAAUACUUAUAAAUACCGUGAUAGUGGCCCCAUUGAAAUUGAUGGUAGACAUGAAAUCUAUGGACCUCGACCAAAUUUCCACAAUGCUGACCAUCCAAGCCCAAAUAAUAAUACCAAUGGAUGUAAUGGUAGCACUACUAUAAAUGCGCGAUACAAUCAACAUCUUUCGCCACUUUCUCGAUCAGCCAAUACACAAGCCGAUCAUCAUCGGCAUGCUGCGCACGCAAUAGCUUCACAUUCACAACUUCAUCCUUUGCAGCAUUUUGAAACGAACGAUGUGAACAAAAUUAGUCAGUCGAAUUCAAACUGCAAUGGAAGUGACACUGACAUAACUGCUGUCGACGACGAUUCAAACGUUUUGAAUUUGUCACGGCGCCGCAACAGUGAUACAACAAAUUGUAACGGUAAUCAUAAAGCUAAGAAUGGUAACGAAACUCCCCCGAGAAGUAUAAUUUAUGCUUCACUUGGUAGUUCAGCAUCGACAGAGGACGACCAAUAUAGUGUUGACAAUCAGCCAAUAACCGACACAAACAACAGCUUGCCGUUGAAACUUCGACACAAAUCGCAUUUGGGCGAUAAAGAUGCAGCAACCGCACUACUGGCUCUCCAACACAUUAAACAAGAACCUAAUUCGAGAUUGUCACCCCCAUGGGAUGGUGAGGGAUCGAGCGAUGAACGUGAUUCUGGUAUAUCGAUUGGGGCCGCCGAAUGGGGCAUUCAACGAAGCUAUCAACUCAAUGAACGGCCCGAAACUAGCCAAAUUCCACACAAUAUACGUUCAAUGACAGCUAAAACAUUUACGAUUCCAUCAUCAGUGUUGCCAUCAGUUGGCAUAAAUGGUAUUGGAGCGGCGAUUGGAAAUUUGGCGGCUAAUCUUAGCAGCGUUGGUGUAAUGGGUGGACUAACGAUGGGCAGUUGUGUUGGCAAUGUAUUAGGUGUAAAUGAAAACAGUUCCGAUCGUGACGAACGGAAUCAUCGCUAUGGAGAGCAAAAAUCAUUCCGUGCACCAGUUAUGUGUCACCUUGAGAUCAACAGCAACACGGAUGAGGGCAAUGUCAAAGAAGAAAAUGUACAUUUGAAAACCCAAAUUGCAAGGCUAGAGAGCGAGGUGGCAUCGAUUAAAAAUAUGAUGAUUUUAAAUACAAACUCUGUAUCAGCCACAGCUGUUCAAUGAAAAUAUUUACAAAAUUAUGUAAAAAACAACUGCUGUUAACCGAAACUUUAUUUAGUGUUUAUUGAAUAAAAAACGAAUUGAAAUCACAAUAUAAAGUUAAGAAGUUUUGAAAAUCAGAUGUCAUCGACACACAUUUUCUUAAAUUUCUAAGAAUUUGCAAUUGAACGAAAAAAAAAAAAAACAACAACAACAACAACAACUAGCAUUUCAAAUCUGAUUUCAGCAACGAACAAUUUAACCAUUGAUUGUUAAUUUACGUUGAUCAAGCGGCUUAUUUCCUUUGAAAUUAAUGUUCCCAAUUCCUUUUGUAUACAACGUAUGUUAGCUAAUAAUAUUAAGAAGAGGAAAAAAUAGUUAGCACCAGAUGAUAUACACCAGGAAUACAUUUUAUUAUUAAUAAUUCAAUUGACUUACUGAGAAUGCGUUGGGGGUGUGUGCAGAGUAAAAAAAUACAAUGCAUUUGCUGUAUGUAUUAAGGAAAGAACGUAGAAAUUAAACACAUACUUAUUGAAAACUUCAAAAGACUUAAAUCAGUGAGCGGACGAAAAUUGGUUUCGUUUGCCAAGUAAAACAUCAAAACUCAAUAAUCAUUUUGAACUGAAAUCCAGACGAGAUUUAAUGCCAAAACAAAACGAAACAAAAGUAUCUCGGAAGGGGCGAAAUAAUUUACGCUUGAAUUAUUAUCGCCUUGGGAUUACUGAAAAUAAUCAAUACAGCAUAUAAUUACAAAAAAAAAUCAUCGACGAAAAUGACUAAAAAAAAUCAACUAUGAUAGAAUGCGUAGGAACUAAUGAAAAUGAAAAUGAAAACAAAAAACAAUUGUUACACUGUAUUUAUUUUUUUAAAGGAUCAAUAUCUAGAACUCCGUAGCGAUUAUUUUUUCAUAUAAAAACUAUGUUUAUAUCAUUCAUAUUAUAUACAAGUGAGUUAAGAAGAGCGAUAGAGUAGCUAAUUUAACUAAAGCAUAAAAAAUGGAUUCAAUGUGAACACGGAUGUGAAACAUCAAGUAGGAUAAGGUAGCGAGUGAAGUAAAGAGAAAUAUUGUUGGAUUUUAAUAAAAUUAUAUAUAUAUAUUUAACAUUAAAAUGGAAUUUAUGAAUAAAUAACUCGCUUAUUAUUUUCAUACAUUAUGCAUACGCGCAAGAAUAUUUAGCUGGUUUUUGGAAAAGCGUUGGAAUGCCGUUUAUUUUAUUCUAUUUAUUUGCCUUACUCUAAUUUAUACUAGAUAUGUAAGAAAGCUUUCCUUUGCUGGAAUUCUAAGAUUGAACCGUAAAAUUCAUCCAAUUCAAAAUCGGUUGUUCUAAGAGCGAUUUCGAUUUUGUCCCAAGAAAUGAAAGAAUGCCUAAUUUUCACGUUAUCUGUCACAACUAUAUUUCUUUUGUUCGUUUCGUUUCCACUGAAAUCAGUACCUAACGUACUGGAUCGAUAAAAUUGUCUAUCGUUGAUCAAAUUCAGAAUUUGAAUAUUAACGAAAUGAAAGAGAGAGGUGCUUUUUUUUAACUAUCUACUCAUAUCAAAUGAUUAAAAAAUUGUUAUUUCAACGUCAACUCAUUGCAAACGGAAGUGAAGUAAAUUCGGUUUGGACCGUAAAGCGAGCUAACUCUAAGAAGUGAUAAAAUCUAUGAACUUUAAUGUACUAGCAAGAAAAAACGAAUCAUUUCAGAUAAUGUAAUUGUAAUGAUAUAAUUUUUUUGGGAAAAAUCAAGAAGAAAACCAUAAAAAACUGUGCAAAAUAGAAACUUUUUCAUAUACAAUACUUACAGAUUUUAAUAAUUUUUGUAGCCCUUUUUUCCUAUCUUUUUUGUUUGUUACAUUUAUUAUUGAUUUUUGAAAUGAAGUAAUUUAACCAGGGGAUAUAGGGAAAAUAUUAUGAUAUCUUGAUGCGUUUUUUUUAAAUAAUUACAAUUAAUUUUAUCAUAUUGCUAUUUUUUAUUUUUUACUGAUACUGUUCAUCGUUGUUAUUAAGGGAUGCAUAUGCUUUUUAUUGGCAUACCCUUUUAUCAAUUCGAUUGAACAUUAGAACAGCAUAAAUUUUGUUUGUUACAAUUUAUUCUUAUAAAAUUGUAUAAAUAAAAAAACAUUGAAAAUGUAUGA